AUGGUCCUAAUUUCGUCCAAAACACUCAUUCAGGCACAUGCCGUGCUUCUAAUCGUCAUUGCUGGGUACCUCAUCAAGAGCCCCGAGGAUUUCCCUCCCGAAACAAGUCCUCUGACAUCCCCCUUCGUCUUUUGUGCUGUCUUGCUCGCCGCCGAAGCCCUUGUCGACAUUGUCCUCCUAGCUAGUCUUCCUUUCCGGAAUGCAUUGGAUGAAGCUCUCCCUUAUAUCCGACCUCUCCGCAACUCAAAUCUUCCAUCGGAGGAUCUCCGCGCGCUGGAGAAGCUGCCCGAAUAUAUCACGACAAACUUGACCAUGUACUGGAACGUAUGGGUCAGCGUUGCCGCAGCUCGUAUUGCUCUGUAUGCCGGUCUGGCCAUCUUUAUUUAUCAGGCUAAGGAUUCUUUUAUCGCAUCCACAUACACCGCUGCUGCUGCUGCGUCCGGCCUUGACCGGUUGAAGAGCCGCGUGGUGUUUACGUUCGCAUUCAUGGAGAUGAUGGUUUGGUUUUGGACUUUCGUCACUCUCCGUGAGGAGCGACAAGAACGAUUGACCAAGCUACUGGAAGAUGCCAAGGAUAACUAA